AUGCUUCCAGGGAAGAUCUCAGUCCCAGCUACUCAGGUUAGCAGAGAAGUAGAGAAGAGUAUUUGUUCUUUUUACAGGGUGAGAGCCCGUGUCUACUGUGAAGACUUUCUGUUCCCAAAGGUGUGCAGGACUGCAGCAGACCUAUGGUCAGUUUACUCCAAGCCUGUCCCAGCAAAUGGCAGAGAGCUGUGGACCUUGUUUCUGCAGUGUUCCUGCAUUACAGCAGUGAUAGGAGGCCUCUUUUACAACUGGAUGUUUGCUUCCCUGGAGUACUCCUGGCAUCUCUCCAUUGCAAUGGCCGUCUCCUUCAGUCUGCUCCUUCUCCUCACCCUUUUCUUAGUGCAUCCUGCCCGUUGUGUCUUCAGUAUCAUCAUGCCUACGUUAGGUACCAAACAAGGCCGGAAGCUUCUCUUGUCAACCUGCAUCAUGAUAGCAGUGGUUAACAUAACACCCAACAUCAUAAGCAACAUUAAAACCAUACUGCAGGUUAUUAAGUGUAUCUGCAAAAAUUCCUCUGAGAGUCUUUUGAACUCAACUGCUCUGCUAGAGACAGCUUCCUGGGAGUUUGGGGAUGCAAUCCAAGAAACUGGUCAUGCCAUUAAUAUUCAUAGGCCUAUGAAUGGACACUUUCAGUUUUCAUUGCUUAAGAACAGCUCCUUCAUUUACCAACAAAUGCGUCUCACUGGUGAGAAAAUUGGGAGGGACUUUUUGGCUGUUGAGGUGCUGGUCAAAGACUCUGUACGAGUAGGCAACAAGCUGGUUGCUGGCUUCUCCAUGCUCUAUCUCUGUUUCGAGUCUGCCUGGUAUUUGAAAAAUUAUCUCACCAAUGUCCGCUUUGACAAUUUUUACAUCACUAAGAAGCUAGAGUGUUUAGCUGUGGACAGAAAAGCAGCUUAUCUGCUGGUGGGCUCAUCCAAAAACCUCAUUCGACCAACAGGCUUGAAGUUGUCCCGGGAAGAAGUGAUGCUGUGCCUCGUGCAAGCCAUGCUCCUCACUGUGGCCCUGAUGCUGAUGCUGGUGGUCAUGGCGAUGGACCACUUUGCAUUCCGAGUGGCAGACACUGCGGUGAGAAAGGCGGCUCUGUUCUCCGUGGUGCCUGUUGCUCUCAGCAUCAAAUACAGUGCUAAAAUAGAGAUCCUGUCCUUUCUUUGGAAAUUUUUACCACUUCCUUCCAAAGAAUUACCACAUCAGUACUUUGAAAGAACCUACCAGCAUAAUCUGACCUUCAGCUCUGCCCACUGCAGGAUCAGCCCCCCGACACCUCCCAACCCCUCUCUGCUGCUUGUCACGGGGCUGCUUUUCUGCAUCCUCUACGCCACCAUAUUCCUGGAAACGUAUGCACACCGCCUGUGCAGAAAGAUCGCCGGCUCCUUCUUCAAGAGCUGGGAGGAGAAGCGAGCACUUUACCUCUACAAGAAGCUGUCCAGGAAGCACAAUGAGGAGCUAAAUCGUGUGAGAAACUAA